UUGAAGAAUUGGUAUAAGAUCCGAUGCAUUGUAUUAUAAAACUCUGAACGUUCACUCUUUGUGGGACACAAACCCAGAUGGUAAGAGAAACACAUUCCCAAAAGUGCUUCCAAAGAAGCCAAAGAGAAAUCAUUAAAUGAAAAGGAAGAGAUUGUGAUUUCAUGAUUAUAUUCCCACCAUUGGAUCUCUCUAUAAACAUCUCCUUAACCCCUUCUUUCUUAUCCCUUCUUUCUUCACUGUUUUCUUCACUUCAUGCACUUCAAAAGGAGAAUGUCAAAUCCAGAGUUCCUCACCAAUGAUGGCAAAGAGAGCGAUUUCCAGAUUCUGAAGAGACCCAUGUUGGAGUUCCAAACUGAGAACAUCGAAACCAGUUCUUCUUCCAAACCUAGGUAUUCACGAAGCAUCCAAGAUAGAGAUGAAGAGAAAGAAGAAAAUCAACAGAUCUGUAGAGUAACAGUUCGCAGACAAGAUGAUUCAGCAUCAUCAUCAGAAGAAAAACUGAAAGAGGAGGAAGAUGAAGAAAACGAUGGUUUCAAAACUCCAACUUCUUUGGACCACAAGAUUUCGGUGCCCUCUCAGUGCCCACCUGCACCGAGAAAAACCAAACCAUCUCUGAAAAGAAAAGCAUCUUGUUUCAACCACUGCAGACACCCACUUGAUCUGUCAAAAGAGGUGUUCGAAUUAUUGUUCCCAACACAACAAAGCACCAAGAAAGUUCGAAGACAGGAUCACCAAUGAUGCAAUAAUUUUGGUGCAGAACCCACAUGCACUACACAGUUUUUAGGAUCGAUCAAUCUCUUAAAUUGGUUUAUUAUGUAUCUCAAAACUUUAGUUUCUAACUCGAAGCCAAGAAUACCCGGAAUACAGUUUCCAUGUGCAUA